CACCCACCCACCCACCUUUCCUGUUUUCGCUUAUUCUGAUUUUUCGGACGGGAGUUGGGCGAGAUCUUUCUUAUUCACUCUGUAUGUUUUUUCUCUUCCUUUUCGAUCGAUUGGGAUCUUUUGGUUUUUGGGGGCAACACUCGUUUUUUUAUCCGGAGAAUUUUCCUUUUCCUUUUUGGUGGUUCUGUUGAACAGCACUCGCUCGCUCAGAUGUUUUGAUCUUUCCCUUCCCAUCUCACUUUCGACGAACGGGGGAAAGAUGCAAAAUACAUGUCAUUCUGUGUCUGCGUGGCUGGCUGGGUUUUUGUUGCUGCUGCGGCGGAGCGGGCGGGGAGCGGAAGGGGGAGGGGGUAUCUAUUCUUCUGUUCUUUUUUUUUCUUGAUGUGCUUUACUUUACUUUACCAUGGCGUUUUGCUUUCCGAUUUUGCUAUAAUGUUUGUGCUUUUUCAGCUAAGCAGCUUCACAUCUUGCGGCUUCCAUGUUUCUUCUUCCUCUUCUUUUUUCUUUUUUGUAUGUUUCGGGCGUUAUUUCUGUUGUUUGGGAAAUUGGGAGAGAGAGAGGUGGAUAGUUUUCCCGAGAUGGAACUUGGAACUGAACUUGGAACUUGGAACUUGACACUGGGAAGUCGCUCUUGUUGCCUUUCUUUUCGCAUACCUAUCCGCCUACCGUACCUACCGUACCUACAUUAAGUACUUGCAACAAUGUGGCAGUGGCAGUGGGCAGCGGUAUCGUGGUGCACUGUAACUGUACAGUCUGUACUUGCUGUGGCUGGGAAUGAGCGCGCUGGCUGUAGCCUGUAGUUAUGUUAUCAUAGCAUGAAGAAGGAACUUCAAGAGCAAGCAAUUGCAAGAUCCAACCACC